AUAAUUAAUAUUAAAAAUAUAAAAUAAAAAUGAAAACAACAUUAUCAAUUUUCUUACUUUUAAUCUUUUUAAAUUCUACAUUAUCCUUAAACACUAAUCUUAUAACUUUAGGCGGUGUCUCAAUUAGUUACACUAUAGACCCUGCAGCCAAAACUAGUUAAUUCUAAGUCUAAGUAACUAAUAAAGGUUGGGUAGGAAUCGGAUAUGGUCCAGAAAUGAAUAAAGCGGAUAUGGUAAGUUUAAGAUGGGUAAACAAUGCAGUUUCAAUUGAAGAUAGAUGGUCUGAUGCUGCAGUUACACCUAAAUUGGAUACUGAUAUUGUUGGAUGUUCAUCUACAUUGGUAGCUAAUGCAAACCCUAGUACUUAUGAUCCUGCAACAGGCUAAUGGAAUGCAUAUUUUACAAAGAGUUUUGCUGGAAAUGCUUGCAACUAUACUUUCACUGAUAAAUCAAAAGUAAAAAUUUCUGUUGCUUUUGGUUCUGAUCCAACUAAUUUUACAAUUCACAAAAGUGCUAAAAACGAAGAAUUUGAUAUUAGUUCUGAUAAAAGUGGUGAUUAAACUAGUUUUUCAGGUCUAUUAAAAUGUUAAAUUGUUUUUUUGGCAUUUGCUUGUUUGUGUUUUUUGAUUUGAAAAAAAUAAAAAAAGUUUAUUGAAUAGAGAUAUUAAAUAUAUAUAUUUUUUCAGUAUUAUUUUUUUAAUUUCUUUUUAAAAAAAAACAAAAUUUGUAUGUUUUUUUAUUUGAAUUUUUUUUUUUUUUCCUUCUUAAUUAUAAAUAAUUUAAU